AGUCGUCUUUCCGGGGAAGUCUUUCUGUCCUUCUUUUGUUGAAGCCGGUAUAAAGCGACGGCCUGUUUCGGAGUCGCAAACGGAAAAGGGCUGCACCGGCUCGCAACACUCAAGCUAUUGAUUGAAGUCUUGUGCUCAGACUGGCCUACCAACAACAGGUCAAUUGUGACACAACAAAGGAGAGCGGGUGGUAGUUAGAAGUCAGCAUUCCGGAAUGGAACCUGGAUCUCAUCCUCGGUAUAUAGAGGGAAAGUAAUGGUUUCUGCGCUCGCGAGUGAGCACUCUUGCCCCAGAUUCUGCACCACUACCUGGAAUGCUGGCUCCAGACUGAGCGCGAACCACGUCCAUUAUUGCUCCGUUCAAAUGGAUUCUGCUUAUAUAUUAAAGUCGGACGGUGGGACUUGUAUGGAUAUUAGGAUAAAUUGGGCGUGUAUAACCCGCAACCUAUUAUGGGUCUUGUCCCAGCAUGGCGUUCCUGGUGUUGGCCGUUUAUCCAGCUUACCUCUUUUGGUCCUCGGAGCCUGUGGGCUGCAAUCUUUCUUUCAUCGCGGAAAGCCAUGCUACUGCCGACUCAUCACCGUAUUCCGUUCCUCACUUCCGACCGUCGUCCGGCGUUGGUGUCUCCGGGUUGGAGAGCCUAAGAUGACUACCCCCGGGUUCGGGACCCGGACGACUUCAGACGGCGCCGAAGACAUCAGGAACUUCCAGCAUUUUGGGAUUCCCACGCUCACCGAAUUACCGACGUCGUCUUGCUGACGCGCAUACCCCCAAUGACGACGCCAAUAUCCUGCAACAUCCAAUGUCCCCCUCACGUCAGCUGUGCCGAGACAUAUAUCUAAACCACUUUCUCAAAGGACUGACCUGAUCCACACAGCUGCAGGGAAAGGGGCUAGUUAACCCCUUCAAGUGGCUUUUCUGACAGCAUCAGAGCAUAGAGGCGCCCCUCCCUCCCAAGUGGACAGAAGAGCAGAAGAGUAAGACGGCUGAUUCAGCAACCAC